AUGAUUAGGAUACUCAAACUCCGCGUAGUGACUGAGAUCGCUAAUAUUGGAUUGGGUCAUUCGUCCCAAAAUGUGCUCAUGUGCAAAAGUGGCAAUAUCUUUCUGUGUGAUUAUUCCCGCCUGGCUGAGGUGCCCACAAACGUCAUCAACCUGCGACCUCAGUACAUCCCAGCUCCUUUCUGCCUGCUUUUUAAAAACAAGGAGGACAAGCUGGUGCCCAUCGCCAUCCAGCUCCAGCAGGAGCCAGGCGAAAACAACCCGGUUUUCCUGCCCAGCGAUAAAGAGGAGGCCUGGCUUCUAGCCAAGACGCACGUGCGUGCGGCCGACUUCAUCGAGCACCAGUUCAACUUCCACUUGCUGCGCACACACCUGCUGGCAGAGGCCUUCGUUCUCGCCACGCUGCGUCAUCUGCCUUCAGUACACCCCAUCUACAAGCUGCUGAUUCCACACAUGCGUUACACACUCCAGAUCAACACUCUUGGACGGGAAAAACUCAUCUCUGAGAAGGGACCCAUCAACAUGUACACAUCCACAGGUCGUGCUGGCAUGGAGGUGGUGAUGAAGAAAGCCAUGCAGGCUGUGAAAUACAGCGCCCUCUGUCUGCCAGAGGACAUCAGUGCACGCGGCCUGGACAAAGUGCCUAACUUCUACUAUAGAGACGACGGCAUGCUGGUGUGGGAGGCCCUCAGCAAGUAUGUGCUGGGCGUUGUAGACAUGUUCUACCCCACAGACAUCGAGGUAGCGUCAGACGAGGAACUGCAGAGCUGGAUUUUAGAUAUCUACAAACAUGGCUUCCUGGAGCUGGACAGCACUGGAAUCCCAAAGGCCCUCACCUCAGUCAAAGAGGUCGUCAAGUUCAUCACCAUGGUGAUCUUUACCAUGACAGCACAACACUCUGCCCUGAACAGUGGUCAGUUUGAUUUUGGGGGGUGGCUUCCCAACAGUCCAAACUCGCUGCAGGCUGGGGUGCCGCAGAGCAAAGAGCAGAUCACCGAGGCCGACCUCCUGCUGUCACUGCCCGACAUAAACACCUCUGUCUGGGGCAUGGCUGCCGCCUGGAUAGCCAGCAAGAGGAGUGGAGACUUUGUGCUUUUGUCCCAGCACCGUGAGCAGUACUUCUCUGAGCCGGAGGUGCUGUCUCUGACUGAGCAGCUAAGGGCGGAGCUGAAGGAAAUCAGUAAAAAAAUAAAGGAGAGAAACGAAGGGAAAGACCUGCCCUACACCUACCUGGACCCAGAGGAUAUAGAGAACAGCAUAACCAUUUAACACACACACACGCAAUUUAAUAUUUGGCUUUCUGAAUCUUAUGUUGAGCAACUCAAAUGUAUUUUUUUUUUAUCUUUGCACCCUCUAUUGUUUUAGCUAUGCAUUGUUGACUUUGGUCUGACAGUUUAUUGGUGUAGUUGACACAGCAGAAAGCCAAAGAGCGUUAUCUGUUUUUAUGCACUCCCACUAAGCUUUUCAUUGUGUGCAGUUCAAUAAACUACCACUAGGUGGCUCAAAUUCUGUAGGAAGCUGAGCAGUGACAUCAUGAUUGUAGACAGAUGUUACUAUUUGCAUUGUUCCUAUUCUUCUAUUUACAGUAAAGUACUUGAUUAUCAUCCUCAUUGAAUUAACAAAACAAAUGCUAUGCCAAACACAGAGGCGUUUAGGCAAGUUACGUCACAUUUGGAUCCAGUUCCUCUUCUUCAAGGCUUUGUUGUUUCAAAAUACAAGAAUAUAUCAGAUUUAAUCUGCCUGCAAGGUUCUCUAAAAUGAUCAAUAUGGGAAUCCAGUUUUGUGAUAGAUCUGUGGCAGUUUUUGUUUGUGUGUGUGACAUUUACCUGUAAAAUUGUACAUGGGAUUAAAAGAUGGCUUCUUGA